GAACAAGCCCAAUUCCCCAUCCACAACCUCACAACCCCACUCAACCACUUCCCCGCCUCCGCCCGCUACCCACCCACGAACCUCACCUUCCCGCUCCGCUACAUCCUCGACACGCGCCACUACCAACCGGGCGGGCCGGUCUUCCUCAUCGCCGGCGGCGAGACCUCGGCGCUGAACCGCCUCCCCUUCCUCUCGCAGGGAAUCGUCCACGAACUCGCGCGGAUCUACCAGGGGGCGGCCCUAAUCGUGGAACACCGGUACUACGGGACGAGUUACCCUGCCAGCCCCAGCCCCAGCCCCAGCCCCAGCACCAGCCCCAGCACCAGCCCCAGCACCACCUCCUUUCAGCAAAACAACCAAACCAUCCCCCUCUCCACCCUAACCUACCUAACCACCGAACAAGCCCUAGCCGACUACGCCUACCUCGCCACCCACCUUUCCGUCACCGGCACCGGCCUCUCCCCGGCCACCACCCCCUGGAUCGCCUACGGUGGCUCCUACGCCGGCGCCUUCGUCGCCUUCCUCCGCCACGCCUACCCGGACCUCUUCUGGGCCUCCAUCUCCAGCUCCGGCGUCACCGCCGCCAUCGCGGAUUACUGGGCGUACUACGAGCCGAUCCGCGCGCACGCGCCCGCGCAAUGCGUCGCCGCGCAGCAGGCGCUCAUCGCCUGGGUCGAUCGCGUGCUUCUCUUGCCUAAGGUGGCGGCAUCGUCCUCCAACCACGCAAAGGGGUCACCCUCCGAGUCACAAGACCAUGCGGGAGUGCUGAAGGAGGUGUUCGGGGGCAGUGCGCCGGGUCUCACGGAUGAGAGGUUCGUGGCCGGGUUGGCGGAGCCGUUGGGGCUGUGGCAGGAGCGGAAUUGGGAGCCUAGCGUUGGGGGGCGCGGGUUUGGGUGGUUUUGUGGGAAUAUCACUGCGUCGGAGGUGUUGGAUGAGGGGUUGGAGGGGGAGGUGGGGGCGAGGGUGAGGGGGUUGGUGAGGGAGGUUGGCGGUGGAGAUGGAGAUGGCGAUGGCAAGGAGGAGGAGGAGGAGUUGGUGACGGGGGUGGUGAAUUGGGUGGGGUUUGUGAGGCGGGAGGGGGUUUUCUCGGACGCUGAGGAUGAGGAUGAGGGUGCAGGUGAAGUUGGAGAUGCAGGGGCAGGCGACGACAAACGCCUCCCCCGCACGGCCUCGACCAGCUGGAACUACCAGGUCUGCACGGAAUGGGGCUACUUCAUGCCCGGGUCGACCGUGCCGGCGCACAUCGCGCCGCUCGUCUCGCGCCUCCUCACCCCGGCCUUCUGGGUCGACAUGUGCAAUGCCACCUACGGCAUCACCACCCCGCCGGACACGGACCGCAUCAACCGCUACGGCGGGCUCGCCUUCGCGUAUCCCCGCGUCGCGCACAUCGGCGGUCGGGCCGAUCCCUGGAAGGAGGCGAGCCCCUUCGCGACGGGGCUGCCGGCGAGGAACUCCACGGCGGAGGAGCCGAUGCUUCUCAUCGGUGUGCCCGCGGAGGAGGUGUACGAUGGCAUGGAGGGCGGGGUGCAUCACUGGGAUCAGAACGGGGUCUUCGGGGUGGAGGAGUACUGGGAGGGGAAGAGGGUGGUGCCUCCAAGGGGCGUGCGGGAAGCCCAAGGCGAGGUGAUCGGGUUCGUCGGCGGGUGGUUGGGCGAGUGGCGCGAGACCCAG